GUGUGGAGCCCAGUCCUCCUCGUCAUUCAACAUGGCGGCAAACAUACGACGGCGAAAACGUGCGCCAGUUAGUGAGUCCCUCGUAGUUCAUGAUUCUUCUCGCUAGUCUCAAAGUUAAUAUCCCACCCUAUUUCCCGACCUGAAAAGCUUCAGAAUUCUCCAAACGAUAUGCUGUGAAUUAGGAAAUUCUGAGAAUUCUUUGUCAACUUCGUUCACAAUGGAUCCCGUUCAAAUGAAGAAACUCGAAGAUGUUUACAGCAAAUGGGAGCGGAAAUCCGGGGCUGGAAAAUACGGCAAUGGUUCCGAAUCACUUGCAGAUGGAGGGUCAAUACCUGGAAAGGAAGCGUGGAUACAGAGGUUUGGAAACGUCCCAAGACCUCUACCAAAUAGACAGCCCCCGCGCUCUGCUAGGUCAGGCAGACGGAGAGGGAACAGGCAAAUGGAUGACAUUGACUUUUUAGCAUCUGCUACUGAAAAGCAGUUUGAGGUCACUCCUGCUGCUGUCCCCUCCAAGUACAAGAGGGAUCGUCCUUUUAUGGGUGAUGGAUGUCCAAGAUGUCAUGCCGAGUCCUCCAAGGAAUUUUUCAGCCCUGACAUCCCAUCACAAGGCAUGCAUAACAUUCUAAAUAUGGCAGUAUACGGCAGAGAGAAUUUAUUCAGAAGGAGUUUUUGCCACAUCCUUUACAUAUACAAUCGCAAAGUUAGCAAGACCUUUGCAGAUGUAAAGAAAUCAGUCACAAGUUCCCCCAGGGUGCAAAAUUGCAUAAUGAAUAGUGUUUUUCAAGACAAGGCACCACAAGGUGCCUAUGUGCAAGACUUUGAAAAUCUUGAAAGAAAACGGCAAAAGAAAAUAACAGCUUUGAAUAAGCAAGCAAGUGGGAUUGUUUCCAACAUGGCAUCAGCAAUCUACCGUACUCUCAUCAAGUUCACUGGCUGGUUCUUGUUCAAACUGUUUGGCAAACUUCUGGAUGGUAUCCAGUUCCACAAGGGACAGAUUGAGAUGCUGCAGAGGGCUGCUCAGGAAGGUAAGCCCAUGGUGUUCCUUCCUCUGCACAAGAGUCAUCUGGACUACGUGUUGGUAACUUGGAUUCUUCUCACCUGUGACAUCAAACCCCCACACGUUGCAGCAGGAGAUAAUUUAAAGAACAUGCUGGUAUUCAGCUGGUUGAUGCGACAUCUAGGAGGCUUUUUUAUUAAGAGGAAGUUAGACCAUGCUAGCGGCAAAGAUGAUCUCUACAAGAGUGUUCUCCAAGAGUAUGUACAGCAGCUGCUCAAAGAGAAAGAAUAUCUUGAAGUGUUCAUUGAGGGAAGCAGGUCGCGCACUGGAAAGGCCAUGGUCCCUAAGUCUGGUCUCCUCUCUGUGGUUGUCAACUCUGUUGUGGAAGGUUUAGUCCCAGAUGUUUUGAUAGUACCAGUCAAUAUAUCAUAUGAAAAGAUACUUGAGACAAGUUACCCACGGGAGCUGUUGGGGGAGGCAAAACGCCCAGAGACUUUCUGGGAAGCCGUGAAGGGGAUCUGGCAGGUUCUGGGCACAAAGUAUGGUCAUGUGAGAGUGGAUUUCUCUCAGCCCUUCUCCUUACAGGAAUUUUCACGCUGCAUGGACAACUCCUCAAUAAUGCAAGAAUUCAGCUCUAGCAUGGCAGCCAAGGCAUCCAUGACCUCAACACCCCUGUCCUCCCUCCUCAGGAAUGUAUCUGAUGUCUCAAUUGCAGCCAUGGGGGAUGAUAGAUGCUUUUUGUUGACCAAAGCACUGGGCUAUCAUGUCAUAUAUGAUGCGGUCCAGUGCAGCGCUGUGAUGAGUACCAACAUUCUCGCCUUCCUCCUCCUCUACGUCCACAGAGAGGGAGCUACUCUACAGGCUUUGACGGAUUCCUUCCAGUGGUUAAGAUCUGAAGUCAUAUCACGAGGACGUGACGUCGGCUUCAGCGGUGAAACAUGUGACGUGUUGCAUCAUUCACUUGACCUUUUACGUGACUUGGUGGACAUCGAGACAGUCACGCAGUCCAGCGUUACACCAGCUACAACAACUGACGUCACAAAGACAGAAGGAGUCAUGCAAUCAACCGUGACCAAGGUCACGCCUAAGCUGAGCCCGUCGCAUAUAAUCAACCUGGUGCACUAUAGUAAUCUGGUCUUGGCAGUAUUUGCCUUGGAAUCCGUGUUAGCGUGCAGCAUCGUAACCGUUGCUAGAGAUAAUGAUAUCGACAUCAAAGACAUCAAGCAGGAAGGGACACUUCCUCAAAGCGAGAUCGUCGAGAAAGCUAAAGAUCUUUGCGAGAUUCUUCAGAAAGAAUUCAUCUUUCUCCCUCCAUGUGUGUCGGUCGAGGCUGGUAUUAAAGACGCCCUUGAGAAGUUUAUUACAUGCGAGGUUAUCCGAUGUACGGAUGAGUCGCGUAGUACGACCUCUAGGGAUAAAGAUUGGUCGCUCGGCUUCUCUGCCAACACUUGGGAAGAUGACGAGGACGAUUGUUUUGGGCACGAAAUCGCUGAUCCUUUAUUCAAGCUGUCUUCAAGUAAGUCUCAGCUAAGCCGUCUGACCUUCUUGCAAGCGCUUGUCUGCCCUCUCGUGGAAUCCUAUUGGAUCGCAAGUUGCGGGCUGCUAUGGUUACGAGGACAGGAAUUCACUGAAAAUGAGUUCCUGUCAGCCGUACAUUACUGCGCCAAGGAAAGAGUGUCUAAAGAUGUCACAAUGUUUCCUGAGAGCUGUUCCCUAGAGCCUCUACGCAACGCGCUUCGCACCUUCAAGGAGCUGGGUGUGGUGGAGCUACGUGCCAAUGAGGCAAACCAGACCCUGUUGCGCCUGACAAACAACUACGAAGACGAGGAGGCCGUGUUUGAGCUGAUAGACAGAAUUCACCAAUAUAAAAUAUGAACGGGACAAACGCCACAGCGCUUCCUGUAGAACCAUAGCCUACAAGUUACGUUGCAGUAAGGGCGGUGGGUCUAUUCCACACGUAAACAUAUUCACAUGGCUCAAAGUAAAUACAAAAAAGCGCUUGUUUUACGAGGCUACGACAGUUUAGUGUCUCGAUACAUUCUGAUACUCAAACCUAGACAGCAGCAUCUACCUUUUGAAGCGAAGCGGUGCAAUUCAAACCGCUUUGAAGCAAAGCGGUGCAAUUGUUCGUUAAUAAUGAAUACAGUUGUGGGCCAAAGAAGAACAAUCACCGGAGCUUUGGUUACUGUAUGUUUUUUUAAAAUAAAGCAGUCACGUUUAAUUUAUGUUUGAUGGAAUUAAUAAAGGGGAGCAAAUUAUCAAA